AAUUUUUUUUUUUUUUUUGUGAAAUCUAUAUAAGAUAGAUCAUCUGUGUAACUUAAAUAUUCCAUAAUUGAUAUAUAUGAUCCAACCUUAACUUUUUUUAAACUUUCUAAAAACCUUGAAACUUUUAAAUGGAUCAAGAAGAGGAAACAAAGGGAAAUACCUCUAACUUUGAAAGCAUCAACAUAACCGAAAUACCCGACAAUGAUGUUAAAUUAGAUAAAGAAAAUUUUUCUAAAGGGUUAAUGACCCUACUAUCACCAGUAAUUGAAGAAAUGGAUUCAAGAAUUGUCGCGGUAAAAGCAAGUCAAAAAGAAUUAAGUAAAGAAAUUGAAAGAUUACUUGCGGAACUUCAAUUAUUUGUUGAAGCAGCCGAACCACCACCAAUUCAAUCAUCAAUUCAAAAAUUGAUUUCAGCAAGAAAGAAAUUAACAACAACAAAUCAAACUCUUAAAACGGUUCAUGAUCGUAUUGAAAGGAUGCAUGCUCAACUUAGCAAAGAAAACACGUAAGAGUAAUAUUUGUUUAGGAUA